GCGCACUGACACCCAGGAGCAGAGCUGGGGGAAGCGGUAGGAGCUGGUGCCAGCACCGGGAGACACGGGGGAGAGGCAGCGGAGCGAGGCUGAUGAUUCCUGCUGCUACCCUGGCUGACUGCCUGCUGUGACCCUGGGAAGGUGGCAAUGGAGGGGCUUGGGGGAGCCCCCAGGUUCCUGGCCUAUCCACGUGCCUUCACGGUGCAAAGUGGCGCUGAUGCAGUCCUGAGCUGCCAGAUCACAGGUGACCCCCGCCCAAGCAUCCUCUGGGAGAAAGACAAGACCCCUAUCGAGCCCUCAGGCCGCUUCCACAUGGAGGCCAAGGGGGACCUGUACAGCCUGCUGGUGUCCUGCACCACCCCACAGGACAGCGGACUCUAUGUCUGCAAGGCCAAGAACAGCGUUGGUGAGACCUACGCUGCUGCCACGCUGAAGGUGGAGAAGGGGGAGCCCCGGGAAGAGGGAUGCUUGGGUGGCGAGGCACUCACCUUCCUUGUUGCCCCCUCAUCCACACGGGUGUGCCGGGGGGAGGAUGUGAUGUUUACCUGCAGGGUGUCUGGGCAGCCCUGCCCAGUACUGGAGUGGGAGAAGGAUGGUCGCAAGCUCUCUGACCUCUUCGAGACCAGCCACUUCAUGGUGGGGCAGGAGCCAGAGGACUGGCACUUCCUGAAGCUGUUCGGCGCCCGGCCCCCGGACGGGGGGGUGUACGUGUGCCGGGCACGCAGUGGCUCCCAGGAGGCUCUGGCUGCUGCCGUGCUCCUGGUCGAACCGCGGGUGCCACUGGAUGGGCUCCCCAAUAGCUGCCCUGCUGAUGGCCCUGAGCUGCUGGCAGAGCGGCAGCAGUGGCGGCAGCAGCAUGCGGCAGGACAACACGCAGGACCGGAGACCUGGGUGCCCAACGGUGCAGUGCCUGCCAGGGUGCCGGGGGCCAAGGCAUUUGCUGUGAGCGCGGGGAAGCAUGCCAAGUUUCGCUGCUACGUCACCGGCAAGCCCAAGCCAGAGAUUGUCUGGCAGAAAGACGGCAAGCCCCUCAUCCCCGGCCGCAGGCACCUUGUCUACGAGGACCGUGAGGGCUACUUCAUCCUCAAGGUGCUGUACUGCAAACCUCAGGACCAGGGGCUGUACAUCUGCACUGCGUCCAACACCGCUGGCCAGACCCUCAGUGCAGUUCAGCUCCAGGUGAAAGAGCACCGGCUGCGGUUCCAGGUGCAGCUGGCAGAUGUGGAGGUGGCAGAGCGGGAGGAUGCUGUGCUGGAGUGCCAGGUGCCGCUGGAGACCAUCCCCACUGCCUGGUACCUGGAGGACAGGGAGCUGCAGCCCAGCCACAAGUACAUGAUGGAGGAGCGAGGCGUGCUGCGGCGCCUGACCAUCCGCGACGCCCGCACCGAUGACGAUGGCAUCUACCUCUGCCAGAUGAAGGACAAGGGGCGCAGCAUCGCCGAGGUCUCUGUCCGAGGGGUGAUUGUGAAGCGGCUGCCACGGAAGCUGGACGUGAUGGAGGGGGAGAACGCAGUUUUUUGCGUGGAGACACAGGAGGCGUUGGAGGGGAUCUGCUGGAGCCGGGAUGGGCUUCAGCUGCAGGAGUCGCCCCGCACCGUGCUGAAGAGCUUCGGCAGGACACACCUCCUGGUGCUGGUGCAUGUCACCCGCCAGGAUGCAGGCAUCAUCUCCUUUGCUGUCAGGCACUCGCAAACAUCGUCCCAGCUCCGGGUCAAGUGUGUGAAGCGUGACCCCCCGAGCGUGCCGGUUGCCGCCAAGAUGAGCGUGGCAGAGAGCAACGCGGCCCUGCUGAUGUGGUGCCCCGCGCCCGAUGCCCACCUCCGCCCCCCCAGCCACUACCUGCUGGAGCGGCGGGAGGUGGCAGGGGGCGAGUGGGUGCAGUGCCUCACCACCGACCUGCCCGGCCGCGUGCAGGUGCUGGGUGACAGUGUGCCUCGCGAGGCCGACUACUGCUUCCGUGUCUGCGCCGCCAACGAGCAUGGCCGGAGCUGCCCCGUGGAGUUCCCUGGCUCUGUGCAUCUCGCCCCGGCAGCUCGCCUGGAAAGGGGUCUGCAGGAUGCACGGGUGCAGGACGGUGAGGACGCACGGUUCUCCCUGGAGCUGUCAGCCACGGUGCAAGGCACCUGGUUCCUCAACGGUGCCAGGCUGGGCAAGGAGGAGGAGGAGGAGGUGGGUGGCCGGUGCAGGGUGCAGCACUGCGGGACGGAGCACUCACUGCUGAUCAGGGGAGCACGACUGGCCGACAGCGGGGCUCAGGUCACCUUCGUGUCUGGUGGCGUGCGGGACUCAGCCACACUGCAUGUGCAAGCCCCACAGGUCUGCAUUGCUCCAGUGCCCGAGGCUGAGCUGCUCCGGGAGGUCCCAUCGGGGCUGCCCGUGCUGCUGGAGUGCCAGGUGUCUCCCCCGGGUGCCCCCGUACACUGGCUGAAGGAUGGCGAGGCCGUGCCCCUGGACGAUGUUAUUGCAGUGCAGGCGGAGGGCUGCGUGCGGAGGCUGCUCCUCCGCUCAGCGGGUCCUUUGGACACCGGCACAUACACCUGUGAUGCCGGGGAUGAUGCCGUGAGCUUUUCGGUGUCUGUGACUGAGGCGCCAGUGAGGAUCGUCGGCUCCAACGAGGACGCCCCCCACACCUACGCAGCCGGGCAGCGCGUGGAGCUGUGGUGCCAGCUGUCCCGCCCAGCAGCCCCCGUGCACUGGUACAAGGAUGGGGAAGAGGUGGAGGUGGGCGAGAGCCUGGUGCUGGAGCAGGAGGGGCCAUGGCACCGGCUGGUGCUGCCCUGUGCCCAGCCACAGGACACGGGGGAGUUUGUCUGCGAUGCCGGCGGGGAUUCUGUCUUCUACACCAUCACUGUGGCAGAGGCACCAGUGAGGAUCAUCGGCUCCAAUGAGGACGCCCCCCACGCCUACACAGCCGGGCAGCGCGUGGAGCUGUGGUGCCAGCUGUCCCGCCCAGCAGCCCCUGUGCACUGGUACAAGGAUGGGGAAGAGGUGGAGGUGGGCGAGAGCCUGGUGCUGGAGCAGGAGGGGCCACGGCACCGGCUGGUGCUGCCCUGUGCCCAGCCACAGGACACGGGGGAGUUUGUCUGCGAUGCCGGCGGGGAUUCUGUCUUCUACACUGUCACUGUGGCAGAGGCGCCAGUGAGGAUCGUCGGCUCCAAUGAGGACGCCCCCCACACCUACGCAGCUGGGCAGCGCGUGGAGCUGUGGUGCCAGCUGUCCCGCCCGGCGGCCCCUGUGCGCUGGUACAAGGAUGGGGAAGAGGUGGAGGUGGGCGAGAGCCUCGUUCUGGAGCAGGAGGGGCCACGGCACCGGCUGGUGCUGCCCUGUGCCCAGCCACAGGACACAGGGGAGUUCGUCUGCGACGCCAGGGAUGCAUCUGUCUCCUACAAUGUCUUGGUGGCAGAGCCACCAGUGAGGAUCCUGCACCCUCCACAGCGCUCGCUGGAGCUGCCAGUGCAGGCACCAGGGCGCGUGGAGCUGCGGUGCGAGCUCUCUGUGCCGGAUGCUCCUGUGUGCUGGUUCAAGGAUGGGCUGGAGGUGGAUGAGACUAACAACCUGCUGCUGCUGGCAGAGGGGGCCUGGCGCUGCCUCCUCAUCCCCAGGAGCAGCGCGGAGGACACAGGCGAGUACAUCUGCGAGAGCAAGGAUGAGGCUGUCUCCUUCGACGUCAAGGUGUCAGAGCCACCAGUGAGGAUCCUGCAGCCCUGCAGACCUCCCCCUGCCGUGGUGGUGUCCCCUGGAGAUACAGUAACGCUGGGCUGUGAGCUGUCCUGCGCGGAUGCGCCUGUGCGCUGGGCCAAGGACGGCGUCAGGCUGGAGGCUGGGGGCAGCCUGGUCCUGGAGGAGGAGGGUGCCCACCGCCGCCUGCUCAUCCCUGCGGCCCAAGCUGAGCACUCUGGAAAAUACAUCUGUGAUGCUGCCGAUGACACAGUGACCUUCACCGUCCAAGUGCUGGACCCGCUCGUCAGGAUCCUGGAGAGGGAUGUCCUGCCAACCCACCGGCACUGCCGGGCCAUGGAGGACCUGGUGCUGGAGGUGUGCCUCUCACACGCUCAUGGGGAAGUGAAGUGGUACAAGGAUGGGGAGAAGUUGCAGGACACGGGGCGCGUGCGGCUGGAGGAGGAUGGGGCACGCCGCUCCCUCGUCGUCCUGGGUGCCACAGGCAGGGACACGGGGGAGUAUCUCUGUGACACUGGUGAUGACAGCAUCGUCUUCUUUGUCACUGUGGAAGUCCCAGAGCCACCGGUGACCAUCAUGGGCAGCACGGGUGCCAUGGAGCAUCGCUGCCUGGUGGCUGGGGAGGACCUGGUGCUGGCUUGUGAGCUGUCCCGGCCCGAUGCCACUGUGCGCUGGCUCCGGGAUGGCCAGGAGGUGCAGCCGGGUGAGCGGGUGCGGGUCGAGGCCCGCGGGGUGCUGCGGCAGCUCACCAUCUGUGGGGCGCAGCCCUGCGACUCAGGGUGCUACGUCUGUGAUGCUGCCAGCGACCAUGUGGUGAUGACCGUGGAGGUGUCAGCCCAGCCCGUGCGCAUUGUCAACAAGGAGGAAGCGCAGAGCCCGCUGGAGGUGCUGGAGGGGGACAGCGUGACGCUGGUGGCCCGGCUGUCCCCGGAGACGGCAGUGGCACAGUGGCAGAAGGAUGGACAGACACUGUGCUCAGGUGGGCGGCUGCUGGUGUGCAGCGAGGGCCCCGCACGCAGCCUCACCAUCAGGCAAGUGGAGCUGGGUGACAGUGGCAUCUUCCUCUGUGAUGCUGGUGAUGACGAGGUGCAUUUCAUGCUGCAUGUGAAAGAGGCACCCGUGCUGUUUGUGAACAAGCGGGAGGAGCGGGAGAAGCUGCUGGUGCUGGAGGGUGGCAGUGCCGUCCUCUCUGCCAUCGCCUCCACAGAGCGAGCUGAUGUCACCUGGCUGGGCCCAUGGCAGGCGGCGGUGGCCAGCGAGCACUGCGAGCUGCGGCAGGACGGCCGUGUGCACAGCCUCGUCCUCCACAACGCGGCCAAGGAGGACACCGGCAUCUACACCUGCCUCUCCCCCCACGACCAGAUGCAGUUCGAUGUGAGCGUCCGAGAGCUGCAGGUGAAGUUCCUGCGUGGGCUGUCAGACGUGCGUGCACGGCAGGGUGAGCGGGUGGUGCUGUGGUGCGAGCUCUGCAAGGCGCGGGGCGACGUGGUGUGGUGGAAGGAUGGGCGGGUGCUGGCACCCAGCCCCCGCCGGCAGAUGAUGGUGGAGGGGCGAGAGCGCUCACUGGUGCUGAGCUGUGUGGAGCCCAAGGAUGCCGGCGAGUACUGCUGCGAGUCCAAUGAUGACCGGACACUGGCGACACUGACAGUGCAGGUCCCCAGGGUGGUGGAGAUCAUCAAGGAUCUGCAGAGCCUGACAGUGCUGGAGGGGGAGGAUGCCACCUUCAAGUGUCUGGUGUCCCCUGGGGAUGUGGCCGUGACCUGGCAGCUGAAUGGCCAGCCCGUGGUCCCUGGCGAGCGGCUGCUGGUGACGAGGAGCGGGUUGUGCCACAGCCUCACCCUGCGGCAGUGCCAGCUGGGCGACGCAGCCUCCGUGACAGCCAACGCUGAGGGGCUGGUGAGCACAGCCCGGCUGAGCGUGCGAGAGGCGCAGGUGCUGUUCACGCAGAAGCUGCAGGAUGUGGUGGCAGAGGAGCAGGGGGAUGUGUGCCUGGAGGUGGAGGUGAGCCACGAGGCUGCUGAGGUGCAGUGGCUGAAGCAGGGCAUCCUCCUCCAGCCAAGCAGCAAGUACCAGCUGCAGGAGUCGGGGCGCCGGCGCACCCUCACCAUUCACUGCCUCUGCCCUGCUGACCGUGGCACCUACCGCUGUGAGAGCCUGCAUGACCGCACACAAGCCAGGCUCUGCGUGGAGCCCCGGAAGGUGUCGAUCCGGAUGCCGCUGGCAGAUGUGGAGACCUUUGAGAAGGAGACAGCCACCUUCCAUCUGGAGCUGUCUCACCCCGGCGUGCCCGGGGUCUGGACACGGGACGGCAUCCGGGUGAAGCCCAGUGGCACAUGCCGGAUCAGUGCCACGGGCUGUGGGCACAGCCUGAUACUGGAGGGGCUGGCGCUGGAGGACUCAGGCACUGUCACCUUCACUGCUGACACGCUGCGCUGCAGUGCCCGCCUGCUUGUGCGGGAGCCUCCAGUCAUGAUGGUGAGGGUCCCACGGGACCUGGGUGUCCCAGAGACAGGAGUCGCCAGCUUUGAGUGCGAGCUGUCUCGCCCCAGUGCAGAGGUGAAGUGGUUCAAGGACGGGCAGGAGCUGCGUCCGGGGCCCAGCUGCCGCAUCUACUCGGCGGGUCGGCGCCGUGUCCUGCAGUUGAGCCGCUGUGAGCUGGCUGAUGCUGGCAUCUACACCUGUGAUGCGGGUGACUGCCAGGCCUCUGCCACGCUGCAUGUCCAGGAGCGCCAGGUCUGCAUCGUGCAGGACCUGCAGGAUGCCCAGGUGCAGGAGGGUGACAACGCCGUCUUCACCUGUGAGAUGUCACACGGGGACGUGAAGGGCGAGUGGUUCCGGGAUGGGGAGAAAAUCAAGGUCUCCAGCACAGUGAAGAUACGGCAAGAAGGGAACCGGCAUUUCCUGCUGCUCUGCGGCGUGCGCCCUGAGGAUGCUGGACUCAUCUGCUUUGCAGCCAGGAUGGUCAGCUCAGAGGCCAGCCUGCAAGUGGAAGCACUCCCCAUCCGGAUUGUGAAGCCACUGCGGGACAAGACGGUGCUGGCACGGCACAAGGCGACGCUGGAGUGCACUGUGUCCCAUGCCCGGGGCCGGGUGCGCUGGCUCCGUGGGGACACUGAGAUCUUUGCUGGUGACAAGUAUGAGAUCUGCAACCUGGACUGCUACCGCACGCUCAUCAUCCACCGCGUGGGCCCCGAGGACGAGGACUCGUACACCUGCGAUGCCUUCGAUGACCGCUCCACCGCCCGGCUCCUUGUGGAGGGGAGCUAGGAGCCAGGAUGCAGUGCCGAGGGGCUGCACACAGGCGGACAGACGCUGCUGCCAGAAGAUGGGGUCAUGCUUCCCCCAGGAUGUACGGACAAACAGACACCAUCCCCAGCCUGGUCUGGGCCUCAGGGCUCUGCAUUAAACUGCAUUUUUUUCUGACGUGGCUUAUCUACCCCACUGAGCCAGGGUCCUGUUAGGAGAAGGAGCAGUGGCACUGCUCUGCAUCCCUCCCAGCACCACUGGGGACCCCGGCCCUCAGGGACCCCCUUGGCCCUGCCCCCCAG